GUCACCUUCCUUUAGCUGCUGCGUCGGUCGCGUUAUAUCAAGGAAUUACGAAAUGCCGCCGAAAAGAGGAAAGGUACAAAAAGAAGAGGUUCAAGUAUCUCUCGGACCUCAAUUGCGUGAAGGAGAAGUUGUUUUUGGUGUUGCUCAUAUUUUUGCAAGUUUUAAUGAUACAUUCGUUCAUGUAACAGAUCUUUCUGGAAGAGAAACCAUUGCGCGAGUUACGGGUGGAAUGAAAGUCAAAGCAGAUCGUGAUGAAGCUUCUCCAUAUGCUGCUAUGCUUGCUGCUCAGGAUGUAGCAGAGAAAUGUAAAUCUCUUGGAAUUACAGCACUUCAUAUUAAAUUGAGGGCAACAGGAGGUAACAAAACAAAAACUCCUGGUCCAGGUGCACAAUCUGCUUUACGUGCACUUGCACGUUCUAGUAUGAAAAUUGGUCGAAUUGAAGAUGUCACACCAAUUCCAUCUGAUUCUACUCGUAGAAAGGGUGGUCGUCGUGGUCGGAGAUUAUAAAUUAUAUUUCUAUGUAUGGUUUAUUAACUUUCAAAAAUAAAAAUUUAAAAAAUAAA